AUGUUAAGAAUGUCUCCAGCCUCGGUCGACCUGUUGAUCCUCGGUGCAGGGUGGACCUCGACGUUUCUGCUCCCGCAGCUCGACGGCGCUGCCAUCUCCUGGGCGGCAACCACCACGACCGGCCGCGAUGGCACCAUCCCGUUCAAAUUCGACCCGCUCUCGUCGGAUCAGGCCCAGUACGACAAAUUACCGUCCGCGAAGACCGUCCUCAUCACCUUCCCGCUCAAGGGCACCGGCCAGUCCCGCCACCUGACGUCCAUGUACCGCAAGGCCCACGGCGAUGAGAACAACUGGAUCCAGCUCGGCUCUUCCGCCAUCUUCGCUGACUUGCAUUGGAACGACAGCGACUCGUCCUACGACACCGAGAAUCCCCGCGCCAUUGCCGAGGACGAGCUCCGCCAAUGUGCCCAAGGCUGCGUCCUCAACUUGUCUGGACUCUAUGGUGGGACCCGUCACCCCAGCAAUUGGAUCGCUCGUGUCGCAAAGACCAAAGAACAGCUCAAGGCCAAAUCUGCUCUUCACAUUGUCCAUGGCGAAGAUGUUGCCAGGGCCAUCGUUGCUGUCCAUCUCCACUUUACCCCGGCUAGGCGCUGGCUUGUCACUGACCUGCAUGUCUACGACUGGUGGGACGUGACGUAUACCUGGGCUCCUGUUGCUGAAGAGAAGGCAAACGAAAUGCUUGGUGCUGAUGAGGCCGCGAAGCUCGAGUACAGGAAAUGGGUCGUUGAGUUGAUGGAGGAAUCUAAUGUUAGGGCUCUUCCGCGAAACCCUGACACGCUUGGUAGAGUCCUAGACUCAAGAAGUUUUUGGGCCGCUCUUCGGACUCGGCCCGAACACGGAAGGGUCUAA